AUUUCCGAUCGUUCUAGAAGGUUGUGGAACAAUUUUUGAUUGGUUUAAGAUUUUUGAAAGUUAUUGCAAAGUAUGUAAAUAUAAUAUAAAUGUAAUUUUCCAGCAAAUGUUACUUUUUUUAACCGCGCGAUUCGUUCAACAUUAAGCUAAGAAUGCAACCUUGCAGUAUAAACAACACCAAUCUCUCCCAACUGUGAACAACCGAAACAGAGAGGUAAUGUCAUGGGCGUAUAAUUGACAGUUAGCUACCCAAAUAGAUGCAUUGUUUGGUAUAGGCAGAUGCGAAUAAUUUAAUUUAAAUCGUGUAUAUCGAUAAACUAACGUAAUAUAAUGGACGUAAUGUAUGGUUUAUUUAUAUUUCUACCAUUUAAUAUUAUAAAGCUUACGAUACAGUUAGGAAACAAUCUAAAGACGACGUGUAAUCAACAUAAUUCACACAAAGGAUCCGAAGAACUCCGAUGAUGAUAGCCGGUACGGCAGUUGUCGCUCUGCACAAAGGACAUGCGCAAAGCAUAUAUUCGGCGAAAAGGAUGAGAAGGAGCUUAAAAAACAGUAGUAUGAUGGUACUGUCUCAUGUUGUGGUGCUGUUGCAAUUGAUUGGACAUUGCUAUUCCCACUGGUGCCGGUAACAUGGAUCAUCCGAACAGCAGGAAUGCUAUCAACGAUCCCAAUCAAUGCAGACUUUGCAUGCGUGUAUGUGACGAUAGUUUCCUGGAGUACAUCUUUACCGAGAAGGAGUAUAGCCUUGCACACCAGAUAUUUGAAUGUACCUCGAUACGUGUAACCAAGCAAGAUAAUCUUACCAAAAUAUGUAAAAACUGUGCAUCGCUUCUAUUCUUGACGACGGAGUUUCGCAACGCAUGCUUCAAAACUAAUCGCUUGCUGAUGGAAGACUUCGUUAUUCUGGAGCUCGGGGACUGGGCCGCCGACAGCAAUCAACUUCUUCUUCGGGAGUGUGAAAAUUUCAUAGUAAGACACAAGCAGCAAGUUGAUUAUUUGUAUGCCAGCAUCGUAACCAACAGUGAGCAGUAUCUUGAAGGAUCCUUAGCAAUUGACACGGACCUGUUCGGUGAUGACGGACAGCAGCAGCGGAUGGAGAAGAAAAAUGGAAUUGAAAGAGCAACACUUCUGGAUGCAAAACCUGUCCCAGCUCGAUUGGAACAGUGUGAACCAGAUCCGGAGAUAUUGAUGGAGAUUACAAAAUUUCUUGAGGAGCAGACACCCUCCCAUCAACAUAAUUUACCCGAUCACACACAUCACGUCCAGGAUCAUUCAAAACAAGCGAUAGAACCGCAUCGAUGUAGUCUUUGUUGCGUCGUAAGUGAUACUGUUUUUGGGCUAACGAAUCAGCAACAAAAAAUAGUUCGAGUGUUGAAUUUCGAACAUUCAAAGCUGAACAAGCUUCGCUCGUGUAACGAAUGUUGUCUGCUGCUGGAUGUGAUAGAUAGCUUUCAGAAAAUAAUUUAUAACGCACAAGAACUGUCCCUCCAUGAGCGAAGUUCUUGCGAAACAUCGCAAUUUGAAGGUAUGGUUGAGCUAGAAAAAUGCUUGAUGGAAAAACUAAAGCAUAAGCAAGAGCUGUUCGUGAAGUUGCAAAACAAACAAACUGCCGGCUUAACAUCCAAUCAAACCGAACCUGUAGUUCCGAUCAAAAAAUCUUCUAAACGCACAAAGGUUACCUGCCAUAUCUGCGGUAAGCAGUACGACAACUGGAAGCUAAAAACGCAUCUUAACGAACAUGAAAAUAUUCGUCCGUAUGCUUGUGAUCAGGAAGGUUGCAGCAGCACCUUUACCGGGUUGGUACUGUUAAAUCGACAUAAAAAGUUGUGGCACACCGAUUACUACUAUGCCGUGUGUAGUGUGUGCGGUAAGAAGUGUAAAACACAAGGUAUAUACAAAACUCACUUAUCGUACCACGAAGAACCGAAGCUGCCGUGUACAGUUUGCGGGAAGCUGAUGCGUAACAAACGUGCUAUAUGGAAGCACAUGAAAACGCAUAGCAAUGACCGGAAGCAUGUGUGUGGCGUGUGCAAUAAGAAGUUCACAAUUGCCUAUACGCUACGGGUGCAUAUGCGCAUACAUACGAACGACAAACCGUAUCCUUGCGCCAAGUGUGAUAAGCGGUUCCAAUACAAAUGUUUGCUAAAGAACCACUGCCAGCGAUACCAUAGCGAAGGCGAUUCGAAAUAA